AUGAUGAUGUUACGUCAGUCAUGUCGUACACAACGUCAAAAGUCUGAUUUGAGUAUAAAAGAUAAUUCAAUAUCAUCGAAAAACGUCAUUUACGGAUUAUCAAAUAGUGAAAGAAACGAUGGUGAUAUUUUUAUGAGAGCAAGUGUUGAUAAUACAAAUAGUACACAAUGUUUUGAAGUUGAACAAGAAGAAUAUACUCAACAAAAACAGCCAACUCCAAAUACAAACGCUUUGUUAAAUUUGACACGUCCUAGUUCUCCAAUAAUAUUACGCAGACGAAAAGUAAAGUCAAAAUCGACGAAACCUGUUCAACAACCACUUCAGACAUCAAUAAAUCAACAAGACGUUAUCAAAAACGAUAGAAAAUUGAAACGAAAAUUACAAGAUAGUAAAAAUGAUAACGAUGAUUUUAUUGUGUCAAAACGAAAACGAACAAAAACACCAUUUGUCAAAGAUUUAAUGGUUAAAAUACCAUAUAAAUUAGUUGAAAAUUUUAUGAAUGAAUAUGAACAAAAAUUAAAAAAGCGUUAUAAAACAUCGAAGAAACAAGGAUCUCUUGAGACAUUUAUGGUUAAAGAAUUGCAUAAAUAUGUGUCAUCAUCAAAAAAACCGUCAAAAACAACAACAAGAACAACAGAUGAUGACGAUGAUGAUUUUGUUGAACCAAAUAGAUUUCGUACGAUUCAAAAACAUUUAGAUAAACAAAAAAUGAAAUUAAAGAAGAAAAGUAAAACAAAUUCACAUUGUGAUAGUUUUAUUGAUUCUACGAAAGAUAAAAAUCAGUCAACAUCGUUAGAAAAACAGGCUCGUCGUUAA